AUGAUCCAAGAGCUGUGGAUCAGAAAAUAUGACUGGGAUUCUCCUGUAUCUGCCGAAUUAUUAGAGCCGUGGAGAAAGUAUUGCUCGGAAUUUUCCAAACUAAAUGAAAUACGCAUCCCGCGCUGGACUGGACGACAUCGAGAAAAUUUAGCUGUCGAAUUACAUGGGUUCGCAGACGCGUCGACCCGCGCGUACGCUGCUGUCGUUUAUUUGAGAAUUCGUCACUCGUUCAAUAAAAUUUCAGUAGUUUUAUUAACAGCUAAAUCAAAAGUCGCCCCGAUUAAGACAAUAAGCGUACCGCGAAUGGAGUUGAGCGCAAUUGUAUUAUUGACUAAAUUACUCGAAUGGGUGCAAAAUUCGUUGAAUUUGCAAAAAGCGCCUGUAUACGGAUGGACCGACUCGUCUGUCGCCUUAGCCUGGAUACAAGGCCAUCCAUCGCGAUGGAAAACCUUCGUCGCAAAUCGCGUAUCUGAAAUCCAGACUCGACUCCCUUCGGUUCAAUGGAAUCGUGUCUCAUCGAGCGAUAACCCCGCAGACUGUGCGUCGCGAGAUUUAUCGCCGGCUGCAUUCAGGGACUUUAAGCUCUGGUGGCACGGCCCCGCUUGGUUGAGUUCUACGGAAUCAGCGUGGCCAAUUCAUAAGCAUAAUCAAAAUCGACCCGACGCUAAUCGAGAAAUCGUCGAAUCUGAAAUCAAACUCUCUUCCGUGUGUCAUACUCGAGUCUCCUCGGAAUGGGAGCUACCGCAUAUCGUUUCUAGCUGGACGAAAUUAAUUCGAGUUACCGCGCUCGUGAAACGAUUUAUUCAAAAAUUAAAACGCGAAUUUAUUGCACCAAAAACGAUAGAGUUGUCAGCUGUCGAGCUCAAGGAAGCUUCCCUUUUUUGGCUUCGGUACGUACAGCUCCAUCAAUUUCCGUCGGAAAUUAAGGUUUUAAAUGCGAAAGGUUCAAUUCCGAAAUCCAGCUCCUUGUCGACUCUCUGUCCUUUCCUCGGAGAAGACAAAUUAAUACGCCUGGGCGGGCGGAUCGAAAACUCGCCGUUGAGUUUUAACGAACGGCAUCCCAUCAUUUUGCCGAAGCAUCGCAUCUCCGACUUAUUAAUCGCGCACGCGCAUAAAGCCGCCCUUCAUGGUAGCACUCAACUUACGCUACGUAUUUUACGACAAAACUAUUGGAUAAUUUCCGCUCGCACCAGCGUCAAAUCCCACAUUCAUAAUUGCGUAAGAUGUGUCCGCGAACGCGCGCGUCCGUCGCAACAGCUGAUGGGGAAUCUUCCCGUUCAUCGAGUCAACCCAUCGCCCCCGUUCACGCAUACGGGCGUCGAUUACGCGGGACCGAUGAAUAUAAUUCCAGUCGUGGGAAGAGGUCAAAAAUCGAGAAAGUAUUACGUGGUAGUAUUUAUCUGCCUUGCGACUAAGGCUGUUCACUUAGAGUACGUGGACGACUACACUACUGCCGGAUUCCUCGCUGCUUUCAAACGUUUCGCGAGUCGUCGUGGCCUCCCGUCAGACAUUUACAGCGACAACGGCACGAACUUUCAGGGCGCAGAUAGGGAAUUGUACUCCGUUUUUCAAAGACUUAUCGCCGAUCCUGAACUUAAAAACACCAUUGCCAACGACAACGUAAAAUGGCAUUUUAUUCCUCCCGCCGCGCCGCAUUUUGGCGGACUCUGGGAAGCCGGCGUAAAAGGAUUGAAGUUUCAUCUUAAAAGAGUAACCGGCUCGCGUACAUUGUCGCAAAUCGAGUUCGCUACGCUACUGUGUCAGAUUGAGGCGUGUCUAAAUUCACGACCUAUUUCCGCAUUACAUGACGAUCCGAACGAUUUUUCUGCGAUUACUCCGGGCCACUUUUUAAUCGGCCGCCCGUUAAUUAGUUUACCGGAAGAGUCGAAUUUAGAAAUAGACUCUGACCGUCUCUCGCGAUGGCAACAAGUACGCGCGAUGCUCGAACAGAUCUGGCGAUCUUGGUCGGCUGAUUAUCUGCAUACUCUUCAGCAACGACAAAAAUGGCGCGAGAAUCAACCGGAUUUAAAGAUCGACGAAUUAGUGUUAUUAAAAAAUAGUCUCCUUCCUCCUUCUAAAUGGGAACUCGCUCGAAUAGUAGCGGUUCAUCCAGGAAAGGAUAGCCAUGUCCGCGUUGUAACGUUACGUACCGCAAAAACAACUCUGAAGCGACCAUUAACACAGAUCUGUCGACUACCGAUAAAUGCGAAUUAUUAG